AUGCUGUGGUUGCUGGGUGAUAUUUGCAACCUAACAGGAGCGGUAAUGCUCGACCAGAUGUGGUUCCAACAAAUUAUCGCCGCAUACUAUGUAUUCGUCGACACAGUUCUCGUAACACAGUUCCUCUGGUACGGGGUCGUCCACCGGGUCAAGGAGCUGGAGAAGCGAUUAGAAGGCGUUACUAUGGGCGGAAACAGCAACUCGGACGACGAAGACGACAGUAUCACCUCAGACAGCAACGCAGACCUGAAGCAGAAACGUGCAGAUGAGGGCGCGGCCGUGGCGAGGAGUAAGAUGCCGAGCGUUGCGCAUACAACCUUUGUUACUGUUUCAAUGCUGGGCACGCUUGCGGGGGCGCUCCCGGUUAGUGGGGAGGCGAUUGGAAUGACUGUAGGUUGGAUUAGUACUCUACUAUAUCUCUGCUCCCGCCUCCCCCAGCUCAUCUUGAACGCCAAGCGAAAGUCGACCGAAGGGCUCUCAAUCGCGCUCUUCAUGGCCGCGUUUUCCGGAAAUUUGUUUUAUUCGGGAAGUCUUCUCUUGAACCCACUGGGAUGGCGCGAUUACGAGCCUUAUGGCGGUGGUGGAGUCGCUGGACCGGAGGGAAGCAAUGCGAUGGAGUGGUGGAGUCGCACGCUACCGUUCUUUUUUGGCGCUUUUGGCGUGUUGACUAUGGAUGCGGCUGUGGGACUGCAGUUUAAGCUGUGGGGGCCGGGGAGCGAGAAGUCGCAGAUUGAGGAGGAGGAGAGGGAGGGAUUGUUGACGGCGAGAGAGGCUGGGUAUGGGUCAUUAGAGUCUUCAUCAUAG